AUGUUUAAAUUAAUUCUCUUCGUACUUUGUGCUCUAUAUAUAGGAACUUCUCAUCGCGUCACUGCAAACGAGAAACGCGUCGUAUGUUACUAUGGAACAUGGGCGGUGUAUAGAAACGGACUCGGCAAAUUCGAAGUAUCUGACAUCAAUACAGAACUUUGCACACAUCUAGUUUACACCUUUGUUGGAAUCAAUUCAAGAGGCACUGUAGUUUCCUUAGAUCCGUACUUGGAUUAUCCUGACAAUUGGGGAAAAGAUAUGUUAAGAAAAUUUAAUGCAUUGAAGGACACAAAUCCAAAUCUCAAAACGUUAUUAGCUGUUGGUGGUUGGAACGAAGGAUCAGCAAAGUACUCUGUCAUGGCAGCAAACCCAAGACUUCGUCGGACUUUCAUUACUAGCGCAAUAGACAUGAUCCAAGAAUACGGUUUUAAUGGUUUAGAUUUUGAUUGGGAGUAUCCAAAUCGUGGAGACUCUGUAUAUGGUGAAGAAGAUAUAAAUAAUUUGAGCCAACUGUUAAAAGAGUUGCGAGAAGAAUUUGACAAACAUGGCCUGUUAUUAAGCGCAGCUGUGGCAUCUGUAAAGUCAACGGCAUCGUUGUCUUAUGAUAUACCGGUUAUAAGUCAGUACUUGGAUUUAAUAAACGUAAUGGCUUACGAUAUGAGUGCCCCUACUGAUGUAGUAACUGGUCACAAUUCUCCCCUUCAUAAGGGGGAAGGGGACGAAAAUGUGGAAAAGGAAGAUGCUUACACUAUUGAGGCUACUUUAAGUUAUUGGCUUUCUCAAGGAUGUCCACCGGAAAAGCUUGUUUUGGGAUUGCCUUUAUUCGGUCGUACUUUUGAAUUAGUCACUGCUAUUGAAAAUGGAGUAAGAGCUCCGUCUAGAGGACCUGGAAUAGCUGGACCUUACACGGCUACUAAAGGACUCAUCGGAUAUAACGAAUUAUGCCAGAAACUUCUAACUGAAACUUGGGACCUUCAUUACGAUAGCUUAGCAAAAGUGCCUUAUGCUGUUCAGGGAAGAAACUGGAUAUCAUACGAUGAUGUGGAUUCUUUAACUUUAAAAGUUAAAUAUGCCUUGCAAUUAAAUAUCACUAGCGUUAUGCUAUGGAGUAUAGAAACCGAUGAUUUUCUUGGUUCCUGCCAACCUCAAGAUUUUCCUUUACUAAGAGCAGUCAAUGCAGCAUUAGGAAGACGUGUAACGAGUUUACCUAGUACUACUAGCCCAACUACAUCAAAUCCUGCCACUUCAGAUCCAUCCGAUUUUGUAUGCAAAGAAGUAGGAUUUUUCUCGAACCCUCAUAGUUGCACCUCAUAUUAUUACUGUAUGAAAGACGUGACUAGUGGCUUGGUGGCAAAACUUCUCCAUUGUCCAAGCAAUCUUCAUUGGGACCAGAAAAAUCAGUCCUGCAACUACCCUAAUCUAGCAAACUGUAGAGCU